UCGCGCGAAACCGGUGUGAUCGCACGGAAUCGCUCAUUCGCUGUUUAACCGACAAACCGGGCAGAAGUGAUCGUCUGAUCGUCGUCGCAGCUGCUCGUGACAGAGAGAAGAACUUGUUCCUGUACAGCGGAUACGGUAGUGAACGGGCGUCAUAAUAGUGUGCAUAAUUCCCCAUCACACCAGCCCAACCCUUUUCCAUUCGCCGUAUCCUCUCUUGGACAGUCGCUGAAGGUUAAGACAACAGGCGCACACACAGAAUGAAGAACACGAAAGCCAUCACGAAGGCGGACGAGUAUCGCUUCAAACUUUCGGACGAGUUGCUACUGAUCGCCAAGGAGGAGCUACGUGAAACGCAAGCCACACGGGACCAUGCGCUGCAGAUGUUGCGCGAAUGGGCGGAAAAGAAUCCUCGCAUCGUUAAGAUCCGGAUGGAUGCAAACUUUUUCCUAAAGUUUCUGCGCGCCAAAAAGUUCCAAAUUCCGGUCGUACAGGAAAACAUCGAACGGUACGUGCUGCUGAAGAAUGCGUUCGAGGGUGCGUUUAAAAAGCUCGACUGCCGGCUGCCCAAAAUGGCGAAGCUAAUUGAUGAUGGAUACAUGUUUGCACUGCCCGAGCGCGAUCGUGAAGGUCGCCGUGUGAUCUUCUACCGUCCGGGUGUGUUUGAUUUGCGCGAGUACACCAAUGCAGACAUGCUGAAGCUUCACGGCAUCUGUUACGAAACGCUAAUGGCCGAUGAGGAGAAUCAGAUACGGGGCUUCAUCCAUGCUGGCGUUGGUACCGGUAUUGGAUUGCCCUAUCUAACGCUGUUCACAAUCAAGGAAGCGGUUAGGAUUGCGAAAAAUGGCGAAAAGAUCCUGCCGAUGCGGCAUCGGGAAAUGUACGGAUGCAACAUUAAUCCGGCAAUGAAGAUGGCGGUCGACUUUGGCAUGUCGUUGAUUUCGCAGAAACUGCGCGACCGUAUCCGGCUGUACACGGACAUUAAGGACAUCGAGUUGGAGAAACGCCUGCUGCCAAAGGAGUACGGCGGGGAGAUGCCGAUGGCGGAGAUGAUUCGGUUGUGGAAGCAGGAACUCGAAGCGUACCGUACCCGCCUGCUGGCGGACGAUGAGAUGGCGGUCAAUCUGAACAUGUACUCGGACGCAGCAAAGGAAGGUUCGGUCGGUGCACUAAAGCAGCCGCUGAAUGGGUGCACCGGAGCAAGCGAUAAUUCCACGUACGGGUUGGCCGGCAGUUUCCGGAAGCUGGAAGUAGAUUGAACCUGAAGUUAUAAAUAUAUGUACACGGCAAACAAAGCAGGUGAUUAGGGGACAACGGCAGGAGGAUUUUAGUGUGUAGUGUUAACAUUAGGGCGCACAUUUUAAUGGCGCAACUGUACGAAGAGGCACCGUGAUUGUAAUCUUUCUAAAGGUUUUCUACUUUCUACUGUGUUUUUUUUAAAACGCUCUGACAACAAAGCUACGAUAGGUUUA